AUGGGCUCGCUACCACCUGCUUUGCUUGCCCGUCUUCAGAAGCGUGGAAUAGUUAAAGCUACAAACGAGGAGGUUAUCGCUGAAAGUUAUGAUUCUGCGGACGCAAAAGAGAAAAAAUCGACUGAGACAAGUUUUUCUGGUGCUCCUGGAUGCCCAAACAAAUACAACCCCUAUCAUUUGUGCACAGAGUACUGCUAUGACCACUGGAGAGAAGGCACACCAGAGAGCAGGCUCUCGGAAACAUACCUGCGAAAAAGACGACGGAUGCUUGCCAAGUUCCCACUUCCAGAGCCGUGGGUUGAGGUGUAUGAUGCGGGAAUUGCUAGGCAUUACUAUUGGAAUCAAGACACCGACGAGGUUUGCUGGGUUUCGCCUCGCCAUCCUAUAGCAGUCAUUGGCGAGGCUGCUCCCCGCCUGGCCAGGGAACUGAAAGAACGAAUGGAGGGUGCUUCUACGGCAGAAGCUCAGGAGAAGAAAUCUGAAGGGAAACCAUUGAAGUCGGCUCUUGCGAAGAAGAAGAGGCGAAAUUCUGAUGACUCAGACGGCAAUGAGAGAGAUGACAGUGACGAAGACACUUCGAAGCUUGAGGAAAUGAACGAAAGGGACAAGCUCAUGGAAAGUGGUCCUUCUGGGCUUCAUGCGCAUGACAGAACCGGUGCCGAUGUGACAGCGGGUGGUCCACUUUUCCAACAACGACCUUACCCCCCACUGGGCCCUUCUACUAAGGCUGCACGAAGAAAGAAGGACGAAGAUGACUAA